CGCGGCUUCCCCAUCCCGCAUCCCGUCGGGGGAGGACCAGGAGGACCAGGAGGGAGAGCGGGGGCCGGGGGCAAGGGGCUGGGACCGCCCGGAGGAUGAAGCAGUCCCUGGUGGAUGACACUGAGGAUGUGUCACUUGAUUUUGGAAAUGAAGAAGAAUUAGCAUUGAGGAAAGCCAAAAUCAGGCAUCCACUGGCCACCUUUUUCCACCUCUUUUUCCGAGUGAGUGCUAUUGUCACCUACUUGUUCUGUGACUGGUUCAGCAAAAGCUUUGUUGCCUGUUUUGUCACUAUUCUUCUCCUUCUGUCCUUUGACUUUUGGUCUGUGAAGAAUGUAACAGGAAGACUUUUGGUGGGUUUGCGUUGGUGGAACCAGAUAGAUGAAGAUGGAAAAAGCCACUGGAUUUUUGAAGCUAAAAAGGUCUCUUCACAUAAUACUGCCUCCACAGAAGCUGAAGCUAGAAUUUUUUGGCUGGGCCUGAUUAUUUGUCCAAUGAUAUGGACGGUGUUCUUUUUUAGCACUUUAUUCUCCUUAAAGCUAAAGUGGCUGGCUCUGGUCAUAGCUGGAAUCUCCCUUCAAACGGCUAAUCUGUACGGCUACAUCCACUGUAAACUAGGAGGUCAGAAAAGCAUCAUCAAAGUAACUUCAAGGUUUCUGUCCCAAACGAUGUUUCGGAGGGAAUGUCAAGAUGACUUUCAGAAGGGAAUGGAAAUACAUUCGCACUAGCUGAGAUGUCAUUAAAGGCCACUUCAGAGAGAAUAAAAGACAAAUGGAGACCCGUUCCUUUGGGGAGAAAGCAAAUGGUCACUUCUUGUUUUUCCAUCACUGUACGUCCCCGGAAGCCAGGGUUUUGAAGAGAAAAUAUUUAUUUUUAAAAUGGCACCCAUCUAUCAGACAGUGCCUUAUAUAAAAGUAUUGUAGUGAAAAUAUGAAAACUAGUGAGUCUUUGGAUAAAGUGAAUUCAAACUGGAGUUGAGCUAAAUUUACAUCUGUGCUUAAUUUCCAUUUUUCAGUCUUGAUUAUUGAUUAAAAUUCUCAAAGAUGG